GACGCGGGCUGGCGCUCCGUGGGCCAGAAGUUCGGGGACCUGCUCACCUUCAAGAGGUCGGUCGCGGACGAGAAGCCCAAGGAGGGCGAUGAGUCCGCGGCCGAGAAGCCGAAGGAGGAGGGGGGCCCUCAGAAGUCCCUCGGCGAGAAGCUGAAGGAGGGCCUCACGACCACCCCAGAGUGGGCGAAGCAGAUGCAGGAGAACACGAGCGCUUACAUCCUGGCCACCAAGGCGGGCAUCUCGUGGACCCUGGGCCCCGCGGAGCAGACGAAGAUCGGCAAGGUCAUCGCGCGCAUGACGGAGGCGGAGUACAGCGAAGCGAGUUCCGUCGCUGUCGUCAAGGCGCUCUUCACGGACUGCUCGCAGGAGGAUCUGAAGGCCGCCUUCGCCGUCUUCUGCCCCGAGGGUAAGGACUCAAUGUCCAAGGACAGCUUCACGAAGGCCAUGCCCAUCAUGGGUGAGGACGUGCCUGCGGACAAGGUGGAGGAGGCCUUCAAGCUGGUGGACGCCAAUGGCUCUGGCGAGCUCGACCUGUCGGAGUUCACCUCCCUGAUCGAGAUGGUCAACCCGAGGAAGGCCAAGACUCCCGAGGAAGCGCCUGCGGAGCAGGCCAAGGAGAGCGCCGCCGCGGCCAUCGCGAACAGGUGGACAGACUUCACCUCGCGCUUCACCGCCAAGAAGGAGGAGGCGCCCGCGGCAGAGGCGCCGGAGACGAAGGCCGCCGAGCCGAGCAAGGCCGAGCCCGAGAAGACGCCCGCGGCGGUGGGCGCGAACUGA